AUGAAGUUUUUUAAGACAGCGUGCUGCCUAGUUGGCUUUCUUGCAAGUGUCUCAACAGACGCGCAUCCGGAUGAGGUAGCAUCAACUGGCAAAACUCAUUAUUUUAAGAAGUCCCUUUCGAAGCCUUUAUUGAGAACAUCCUUUGAUAUUAAAGAGUCCAAUCGCUGCAAAUGGAAUGAGGUCUAUGUGCACGAAAAGUGUGUACCUCGCGAGUGUGUCUAUGAAGGUGUUGAAUGUAAUAGCCGCGGAGUUUGUCAGCAAGGGCACGGAGAUAGUUAUCGCUGUCACUGUGAUGAUGACAUGCAUUAUCUUCCUGACUGGGGGUGUGUUCCCACUCCUUGCAUCGGCGACACCCCUAUACCAUGUCAGGGUGGUAUCUGUUCAGAGGUUCUUGCGGGUCUCUAUGCAUGUGAAUGCCUUCCGGGGAUGGUUUUUGCAGGGUACUGCGCUAUUCCGACGUGUAUACAGCAUCCAGAGCAAGGGGUCUGCUCUAGAGUUGGCGUCUGUGCAGAUACCUGCCAAUGCCCGCCUUUGCAUGCAGGAGACUAUUGUGAGAUGUGCACAAAUGACGCGCAGAUGGUGGGAGGGAAGUGUAUUUCUCACGCAUGCAUCGAUACAUCUGGCUUGGUCUGCAGUGGUCGAGGCAUCUGUGCUGGUGUCAAUCCCAAUUUCUAUUGUGCUUGUAACGAAAAUUACAUAGCCAUAAACUCAUCGACUUGCGUACAUCGAAACUGCAUAGAUGCAAGUUAUGAGCCCCUUGUUUGUCAUGGACAUGGAGAAUGUAUAGACAACAGAUGCUCUUGUGAUGACCAGUGGUGGGGAUCUUUUUGUGAGCGUCCUGCCGAACCAUGUAUGCCAACCGAAGUCUUUGUGGACGGGAGUUGCUUUCCUAGGUCCUGUGUGGUUGAAAACAGCAUCUGUAAUACGCACGGCGAUUGUAUUGGUGGAGUGUGCCACUGUUACACCUACGCUUCCGCCCAUUCUACGUUAUUAUGCUAUCCAACAACUUGCCUAUUUGACAGAAACGGGUAUAUGGUUCCAUGCCCCCAUGGACAAUGCACGUAUGAGAGCCAAAUGCUAGGAUAUCAAUGUAGAUGCUAUAAUGGUUAUGUAAAGAUAGACAAAGAAUGUCAGCCUUCCUAUUGUGUCUCAGAUAUUUAUCAAUCUAAAGCAUCCUUGUGUGGCGGCGUUGGCUUCUGUGAUCUAGACCAUGGAUGUCUUUGUCCUCAAUCCAUUACUGGCCGGUACUGUACUCUAACUACUUUCGCCACUACCUUAUCACGUCAGUUUCCUCGUCUUAAUAUCUUUGCAUUAUGUGAGGACGGGUUUUUGCUCAUUAAUGGGUCAUGUGUUUCGAAAGCCUGUUUAACAGGAGAAAAGGAAGUAUGCUAUGGAGACCGCGGAUACUGUGUUCAUACACAAAGGUAUGGCUGGGGGUGUCGGUGCUACAGUCACUAUACAGGCCCCACCUGCUCUGUGUGCUCUUCUAAGGGGGUUAUGAUAAAUGGUCAGUGCAUUCCGGCAUUAUGUACUGUUUUGCUAUCGUCUGGAGAUUAUGUUGAAUGUGGAGGCCAUGGUGUUUGUAAUAUUUCCACUCAACCCAAUGACUCUUCAGAUCCUAUGGAAGUCAUCGUCUGUGUUUGCGAUGAUUUAUCAUAUCCAAUAGAGAAAACAUGUAUUUCUAAAACCUGCAUAACGACUAGCCCAUUCCUAAAGAGCGACUUUAGAAUCAUAUGCUCUGGCCAUGGCGUGUGUGAGAUUGAUAGUUGCCUUUGUUUUGGCGAAUACACAGGGCCAGAGUGCUCGUACAGAAAUGAUCUUAUUUGCGUCGACGGAUACCAACCCAUUGAUGGUAAGUGCGUGCCGUCAGAAUGUGUUUACAUAGAUACGAUUUGUGGCGGUCACGGGGAAUGCAUCUCAUUUGAAUCCGGGUCCAACUCAUGUAAGUGUUAUGAGGGCUUUUCUUUGACCAGUAUCUACGGUUGUCAGCCUACCGUUUGCGUUAAUUCCGAGGGGCUUCUGUGCAAGGACGGCACAUGCGUUCAAAUAUCCCCAAAUGCUUAUGAGUGCCAAUGUCAGGAGGAAUAUGCAGCAUCUCAUGGAGAAUGCCAUCCCCGUGAGUGUGUUGAUUGGAAUGGAAAUCUUUGCAACACAGAUCGCGGUCGCUGCAUCUAUGAUACACGCUUUUCUAGCUUCAGAUGCGAGUGCUUAGAUGGAUAUAGCGGUGUCUUCUGUGCACAGUGCUCUAACUAUGCUGUACGCAUCAACGGCGUCUGUGUGCCACCACAAUGUUAUAUAGAUGAUGGGAACAAUGUACAUAUUUGCGGAGGAUUUGGUACGUGCAUUUAUCAAUACAAGAAGGCGAGCUAUUGCGUGUGCGAUGAUGGAGCAGCAGUUCAGGCCAAUGGGCAGUGUGCGUCCUGGGCAUGUGUUCAGCCAGGAUUGGUAACCAAUAUGGCUUGUUCGGGCUUCGGUAUUUGCGCUAAUGAGCGCUGUAUAUGUAACUCAAUCUUCUAUGGAACAUAUUGCGAGAAAGUUCAACCAAAUUGCGGUCCUGCACAGAUCUUCAUUAAAAGUAAGGAGGAAUGCAUUCCUCUGGUCUGUGUAUCAAACGAAACCAUAUGCAAUGAUCACGGAGAGUGCAUAAGGGGAGAAACGACCAAUGGGGUCGUUCGUGCCUUUUGUCAGUGUUCACCUGGAUAUGCUCUUUACAAUAACACGUUAUGCGUGCCACCUGGAUGCAUCAUACAUGGAGAACUAUGUCCUGAUGGUCACUGCACCAAUGACCUAAUAGCACCCUGCAUCUGCGACGAUAAUUACACAUGGACAGGGGUAGAGUGUACACCUAAUAUAUGCUUGAAUGGAAAGGACAUGUAUGGCAAAUACAUCAUCUGCUCAGCCCGAGGGAGCUGUGACAGCAAACAAGGAUGUAAUUGUCUGUCUAUAUAUGAAGGAAAGCUAUGCGAAGAGUGUGGGCGUCAGGGCUUAGUCAUUAACGGCACAUGUUUUCCGAGCCAUUGUGUGCAAGUAAGCAAUGGUACCUAUACUAUAUGUAAUAAUUAUGGAAGCUGUGAAAGAUCUUUCCUCGGAAAUAGUGAGGAUACUUACCGUUGUGCAUGCAGAUUGCCAAGUGUAGACAUAAAGGAUGGAGGAUGCUACUCUCCUCUAUGUAUUCCAGACCCGAUAUCUCGCCUGGUUUGCAAUGGACACGGGUUCUGUGAUGGAGGACACUGUAUUUGUCAAAAGGGAUAUAAGGGGAGGCGCUGCGAGCAUAAGUCAUAG